AUGGCCUCUACUCUGGCAGGGGAUACCCCACUUCUGGUACCAGUUGAAAGGUUCUCUAAACUAAAAAGUUAUUUUAUUACAUGUAUAUCCAUCUAUCUACUAAUCGAUGUAUCGAUCCUACCAACAUGUAGCCCAAGACCUCACUUUUUACGGCAUCUUCUGGCUUUCGUGUUUGCUGUAGAGGAAAUAAACAGAAGAUCAGAUAUCUUACCUAACAUCACCCUUGGAUACAUGAUAUACGAUGCCUGCAUGUUAGAACAUAAAGCCAUACAGAGCGUGCUGAGUAUAUUAUCUGGGAUGGAGGAAGCCGUUCCAAAAUACAGCUGUAACCAGAAGAACAGAGUGAUGGCUUUCAUUGGACACUUCACUUCUUCUUCAUCACUUGCCAUAGCUAGAGUGACUGAGAUCUACAGAUACCCCCAGGUAAGAUUACUAACAUGCCAUUCAAUGAUCCCUACUUUAGAUAUGAACCCUACUUACACUGACUAUUGCCAAUGUGGAUGCUUCUACGUUGACAAAACUAAAAGGCCCUUUCUGAAACGCAUUAAAGAUCACGUCAACCCGUUGUAUAAAAGUCUGAUGACCACUGCUCCCAACAGACAUGUAGGCUGCUUACAUGACUUCGAUAUUAACUCCAUAAACUUUGCAGCAUUAGAACAUGUACCCUUGCAUGUCCGUGGCGGAGGCAUUGAUCAGACCUUGCUUCAGCUCGAAACCAAAUGGAUACAUGUGCUAGAUGCCGUUAAAUUCCCUGGUGACACGUCUACAUCCCUGACCCACCUUAUGGAAUUGGUUCAUACCUUUGGAACCUUCUCCGGUUUUAAAAUUAAUUGGGAUAAGUCUACCCUUCUUCCACUAGAUCCGCUCUUGGGACCUUUACCGCAGAUUGCUGACCAGAUUAAAAUUGUAGAUAAAUUUAAAUAUUUAGGUAUUAUGGUUCACCCUAAUUUAGAUCAAUAUAUCAAACUGAAUGUGGAACCCAUUCUUAAAAAAUUUCAGGAAAAAACAACGAGCUGGAUCAAGCUGCCGCUGUCUGUUGUGGGGCGCUGUAACUUGAUCAAAAUGAUCUGGAACCCUCAGCUACUCUACGUGCUCCAUAAUGCUCCUAUAUGGAUCCCCGCCCAAGUGUUUAAGAAAUGUAACACUAUAUAUCGAGCAUUAAUAUGGAGGAAACUGAUUCCAAGAAUUAAAUUAGAAACCUUACAGGAGAGGAGGGACUUGGGAGGCUUAGCAGCACCAAACCCAUUUCUUUAUUUUAUCGCGGCACAGUUACAACAUUUGGCAGGAUGGUUGUGCCCGGGAUCCUUGGACCCCACCAGAAAUAUGGUGAGAGCCCAGGUAACCGGAGAUAACUUGGUGGAAUGUAUAGAGGCGGGGGAACUGGGGGCUAUCGACCAGUACCCCACACUUAUACUUAUAGACAAGAUUUGGAACAAAACUAAACACCUGCAAUACAGUAUAUGGGAUACACUAGCUGGUCACAUGUCUCCUACCUUACCUCCGUGCUUCCAUCUUCCUCCUUUCCUCUGUAUGGAGAGUGGCUGUGCUCUGGGAGCUGGCCUUAUUACCUGUGUCAUCCGUGUUACCGUGUUACCGGAGUUGGAGCUGCUCCAUGUCAUCCUGGCUGCCUUUACAGACAAUCAGUAUGUCAUCUAUAAAUCUUUUGUAUACCUUUAUGCAGUGUUGCAAGUCAGCUAUGGAGCAAUGGAUCCUAUAUUUAAUGACAAGCUUCGCUUCCCCUCCUUUUACCGCACAGUUCCUGAUGAGAAGUCCCAGUACAGAGCCAUUGUCCUUCUCCUCAAACACUUUGGCUGGAACUGGGUGGGAAUUGUGACAACAUAUGAUGAGACCAGCCAGAGACUCAGCACAGAGCUACACAAUGUGAUCAUACAGAGCGGGUUAUGUGUUGAAUUCAAUACAAUUGUUUCAGUAUUUGAAAAACCUGAAGUAUUUGAAAAAAAGUUAUAUGAGAUUGAAAAAUCAAAAUGUAACGUUAUCUUAUUUUUUGGAGAAAAUGAUUACCUAACGGGUAUUCUGAUGUUGAAAAACUAUAGCAAAGGGAAAGUUGUCAUCACUUCCCCAAUUGUCACCGUGAAAUUGUCUGUCUCAGAUAUUGUAAAUGGCUCAUUACAUAUUGCCCUACACAAGGGGAAUAUCCCAAAAUUCAAAGAUUAUCUGCUGAGCGCCGGUCCUAGGAAAUAUCUAAAUGGAAAAUUUAAGUAUAAUGUCUUGAGGAGCUAUAAAGAUGAAAACAAUUAUUUAUCUUGGCGCUACUCACCUGAUCAGGUAGAAACCAUUAUCCAGGAAGACCCUGCUCUUUAUGACGUAAACAAUUUCCGUUACACAUUCAGUGUUUACUCUGCAGUGUACGCUGUGGCUUAUGCAUUGCAUGACUUGUAUUUAUAUAAAAGUCAAGUACGGUCUACUUCAUUGGCAACCAAUCAAUUAAUCAAACCAUGGGAGCUCAAUCGAUUCUUGAAAAAAAAAAAUGUUAUCACACCUGGAGGAGAUCCCAUCUACUUUGACAACAAAGGAAAAUCACCUGCAAGAUAUGAAUUGCUGAAUUACAUUGUUUUUCCCAAUCAAACUGUAGAAGCAAAACAAGUUGGCUACUUUUCUGAAUCGGAAGGUGGUUGCCAGUUUCUGAUUAAUGACAGUGCAAUUCACUGGGAUCCAAUCUUUUUGCAGGGACCUCUUGAGUGCACAGGAAAAUACCUUGAUGGACUACUUAAAGAGAUGGUCAAUAACCUACCAUCAUUUGUCCAGGAUACACAGCACGUACUAGGUAAGCUCCAGGACCUCAGUGCUGAACCAAUACCGCCGAGCACACUUCUUGUUAGUAUCGAUGUGGAAUCAUUGUAUACCUCGAUACCACAUGAAAUAGGAAUUACAGCGGUACAGACUUUCUUGGAUGAAGCCUACCCAUUGGCAGGCCCCCAAAAUGAGUUCAUCGCUGAGAUGCUGGAGUUUGCUCUGAACAAUAACAACUUUCAAUUCAUGGGCACAUACUAUCGCCAGAUAAGAGAUUCUGAGGGUUUAGCCACCAGCAGAGACUUUGACGGACCUUUGACGAGAGGGUCAAGGGAAGAUCCAGGGCUGUUGGAUCUUUGUUCCAAGCUGACAGAAUGGCCGCCUGUAGGACUCGAGUGUGAACCUGAGCAUAAGACUCCUCGCUCGGUCUGCAGUAAGAGCUGCCUCCCUGGAUACAGGAAAGUCCCCCAGGAAGGGCGGCAGAGGUGUUGCUAUGACUGUGUGCCGUGUGCAAAGGAUGAAAUCUCCAACCAGACCGAUAUGAAAAACUGUUUGAAAUGUCCAGAAGAACUGUGGCCAAAUGAAAGAAGAGAUACUUGCAUCCCCAAAGAAAUUGAUUACCUGUCUUAUGAUGAUACACUGGGGGUUUUUAUUCGUAUUAUUGCUCUGUUAUUCUGCUUUGCAUCAAUUGUAGUGCUUUUUUGUUUUAUCAAGCACCGAUCCACUGUAAUAGUAAAAGCCAAUAACCGGACCCUCUGCUUCACCCUUUUACUUUCACUGGCCUUGUCCUUUCUAUGUCCUCUGUUGUUCAUAGGACGUCCCACCAAGAUCUCCUGCCUCCUCCAACAAGUGGCUUUUGGAAACAUUUUCACAAUUGCUGUUUCUUCAGUUUUGGCCAGAGCAGUCACUGUUAUCCUUGCCUUUAAAGCCACCAAACCACACAUGACAUUAGGCAGAUGGUUGGGAAAACAUUUCUCAAUGUCUCUUCUGGCUAUCUGCUCUUCUGGGGAGAUUGUGAUCUCUGUCUUCUGGUUGAUCUUCUCUCCACCAUUCCCAGAUUAUGACACCCAAGUAGAGGAGGGGAAGAUGAUAUUACAGUGUAAUGAGGGCUCUAUCACUGCUUUCUACAUCGUGAUUGGCUACAUGGGAUGUUUGGCUGUGUUCAGCUUUAUUGUAGCAUUUCUAGCCAGGACACUUCCAGACAUGUUCAAUGAAGCUCAGUACAUCACAUUCAGCAUGCUGGUCUUCUGCAGUGUUUGGAUCUCUUUCGUCCCAGCCUACCUCAGCACCAAAGGGAAAUACAUGGUGGCUGUGGAAAUUUUCGCCAUCUUGUCCUCCAGUGCUGGACUUCUGGGCUGCAUCUUCAUUCCUAAAUGUUACAUCAUUCUAAUUCGACCGGAGCUGAAUGUGAAACCUUCUUUAGUAACAGAAAGUAAAAUAAAUUACAAACUAUAAUUAUAUGGAAUACUUUUUCGAUUGUAUUUAAA